AUGUUUCUGCCACCCAAUUGUACUCCACUUAUCCAACCUAUGGAUCAAAAUGCAAUUCGUUUAACGAAAGUGUAUUACCGGAAAAGUCUCUUAGAACAUGUUCUAUCUAUAGAGGAAGACGAUAUUUCCAAAGCACUGAAGAAUAUUUCUAUUAAGGAUGCUGUGUUCAUGCUUGCCAAUGCUUGGGACAAACUAUCGGCUAAUUUAAUAGCAAAAUGUUGGAGAAAUGUAUUUGGACAAUCAGAUGAGGAAAAGGACCCUGAUGACGACAUUCCAUUGUCAAUUCUAAAAAUUAAAUGGAUGUCGGUUCAAAAAACAGAACAAGGUGAACAAGAAUUAAAAGAAAUCGGUGCUAUGCUCCAGCAAAUAAACAAUGAUCAUCAUCCUUCGCAAUCAGAAGUUAACGAUUGGAUUGUUAGUGAUAAAGAUCAUGUUUCGCUGGAUAGUGACGGCAGUUCUCUCCAUGAAGACGCUGAUACAAACGAAAACGAAUUAAAAGUAAAACAUGAGAAUGCUAUUAAAAGCUUCACAUGUAUUCAAUGGGCGGAGGAGAAUGCAGUCGAUUUAAACACCGUAACAACCCUUAGAAUUCUACGGCAACGCGCCAUGAAAUUUAAACAAGACUGCAUGCGACAAACAAAGUUGUUUGAUUUUUUUUAA